AUGCAUUCUCGUCAUUUAUUAAGACUGACUUCAGUCACCAAACGUACACUAUCGACUAAGCCAUACGAUGAAACAAUUAGAAAUCUAUUAUGUCCAAAGGAUACCCGUGUGAUCUUUCAAGGUUUUACAGGGAAACAAGCUACUUUCCAUGCUCAAUUAUCAAUGGAUUAUGGGACGCAAGUCGUGGGAGGUACAAAUCCGAAAAAAGCAGGUCAAUUACAUUUGGAAAAACCUGUCUUUGCUACAGUUAAAGAUGCAAUUAAACAGACUCAAGCAAACGCAUCAGCAAUUUUUGUCCCACCGCCAAUUGCCGCAAAGGCUAUCGAGGAAGCUAUUGAUGCUGAAGUACCAUUAAUUGUUUGUAUUACAGAGGGGAUCCCUCAGAAAGAUAUGUUAUAUAUAUCUGAAAUGUUACAUUCUCAAGGGAAAUCAAGAUUAGUCGGGCCUAAUUGUCCAGGUAUUAUCAACCCAUCGACAAACGUUAGAAUAGGGAUUCAACCAACUUCAAUCUUUAAACCAGGGAAGAUUGGUAUUAUCUCUAGAUCAGGUACUUUAACUUACGAAGCAGUUCAACAGACUACAAUCCAUGGUUUAGGUCAAUCCUUAGUAGUAGGCAUGGGUGGCGAUGCAUUCCCAGGUACUGAUUUUAUUGAUGCUUUGAAAUUAUUCUUAAAUGAAAGUCCUGAUACUGAAGGUAUUAUUAUGCUAGGUGAAAUUGGGGGACGUGCAGAGAUUGAAGCUGCUCAAUUCUUGAAAGAACAUAAUAUGAAUAGAGACAAACCUUUACCGGUCUCUUCAUUCAUUGCAGGGAAAGUUGCUGGACAAAUGAAAGGUGUUAGAAUGGGUCAUUCCGGUGCCAUUGUCGAAGGUCAUGGUACCGAUGCCGAAUCAAAGAAGAAAGCUCUAAGAGAUAUAGGUGUCGAUGUUGUUGAAUCUCCUGGGUUCUUAGGUCAAUCUUUAGUAGAUCAAUUCAAUAGAUUGAAAUGA